UUUUCCAACAAUGUCUUUCUCCAGCAACAACCCAUGUCACUCUAUUCUUUCCUUUGGCAAAAAUGGAAACUAGAACCCCUAACCGCUCAAUCGACCCCGAAACAGCUGGUUUACUUCGGAAGGCCACAGAACUCAAUCUAGCUCACGGAAUUGAAGUCGCCAUCUACAUCAAGAACAAAGAUCGAGAAAUGUGCUUUGUCACCAAAGAAAGCCUUGUUCCGCGCUGGGACGAUAAUUCAAAAAUCACCAAAAGGCAACUUGGGGAGCAGGAUUGUAAGCAUAGCGGCAGCUGGCUUCAUCUUGAUGCGGACUCUUCGUCGCCUUACAUAAGAUCUGGUCCCUGUUCCUUCGAGCCAGACCAUGAAGAGAUUAGGAUUGGCUCCGUACCGUCAAGCAGCCCCUCAAUUCAACGCGGUUCUACGAUUCAUUUCCCCAGCACUCCGAUCCUAGACAGCGUCGAAAAGCCAAGCCCUUUCUCUCCAGCCCUAUCGCCGUUGCCGAGCUAUCAGUCCUCGCUCGCAAGCAGUUCCCCAGCAGGUCUGUUGAGUGACCAGGUUGAUGCGGAUUCUUCUCAGCCUUAUCCUCAGCCUGAUCCUCAUCCCACAUUAUUACAACCUUGCUCCCCGGUGGAAAAGGGC